AUGAGGUCUAUCAAGGGGUCGGAAGCACUCACGGUGUUAACUUACUCUGUCCAGGUGAAGGUCAUUCGGAAGGAAGGCAAGGUCGCUGUGUUGGAAAACGCGGUUUUCGAGUCCGAGGAGAUUGACUUCGAUCGUACCUUGGACAGUCACCUCGGAAUCGCUCACACCCGAUGGGCGACUCACGGAGCGCCUUCCGAUCGGAACUCCCAUCCGCAGCGCAGCGACGUUAGCAAUGAGUUCGUCUGCGUUAUCAUCGGGAUCAUCACCAAUUAUAAGGACAUCAAACAGUUUCUGAUUCAGAAAGGAUUUGAAUUCGAAUCUGACACCGAUACCGAGGUCCUGGUGAAGCUCGUGAAACAUCUUCCCGAUGCGCAUCCGGACUUGAGCUUCCGGGAACUGAUCGAACAAACAAUUCAGCAACUAGAAGGAGCCUUCGCUCUCAUUUUCAAGAGCUCGAGGUUUCUCAAUCAAUGCGCGGCCACGAGACGCGGUUCGCCUCUCCUAGUCGGCAUCAAGACGAAAGAGGAACUUUCAACGCACAUUCCCGUUUUGUACGGAAAAGACCAGAUUAAAGUGCGCGCUGCCGACACUGUGCAUGCUCCGCUCACCAUCAACGGUAUUCAAAGGAGCCAGUCCACGACGGACUUCGGACCGGAGGGGGAAGACAAGCAAAUUGAGUAUUUCUUCGCGUCAGAUGCAUCGGCAAUCAUUGAGCACACAAACAGGGUGUUGUAUCUUGAGGAUGAUGACGUCGCAGCGGUGACCGAUGGCCAUCUCACGAUCCAUCGCGUGAAAAGAUGUCUCGAUGACAAUGUGAACCGUGAAAUUAUUACUUUGAAGAUGGAGAUCCAACAGAUCAUGAAGGGGAAUUAUUCUUCUUUCAUGCAGAAGGAAAUCUUCGAACAGCCAGAGUCUGUGAUCAACACCAUGAGAGGUCGCGUCAAUUUCGAAACCAACCAGGUCAUACUCGGAGGAAUCAUCGACUAUCUUCCCGAGAUCAAACGUUGCAGACGACUUCUGCUCAUCGGCUGCGGCACCAGUUACCACAGCGCAGUGGCUACGCGUCAAAUCCUGGAGGAACUGACCGAACUCCCUGUCAUGGUCGAGUUGGCAUCGGAUUUCCUGGAUAGACACACCCCCAUAUUCCGAGAUGACGUCUGUAUAUUCAUUUCCCAAUCGGGAGAAACUGCCGAUUCCCUGGUCGCCUUGCGUUACUGCAAGACUCGGGGCGCCCUCGUCGUCGGAGUCACGAACACUGUGGGUAGCUCAAUCUGCCGCGAAUCCCACUGCGGAGUACAUAUCAACGCCGGUCCCGAAAUCGGAGUUGCAUCAACGAAAGCGUACACCUCCCAAUUCAUCUCGCUCGUCAUGAUCGCCUUGAUGAUGUGUGAAGAUCGGCUUUCCAUGAAACCUCGUCGGGAGGCGAUCGUCGAGGGACUCCGAAAUCUUCCUGAUCAGAUCAAAACGGUUCUCGCACUCGACAAUGAAGUGCAAGCACUGGCUGAACACCUGCAUCACAACAAAUCCCUUUUGGUCAUGGGUCGUGGAUUUAAUUUUGCCACUUGUCUAGAAGGUGCUCUGAAGAUCAAGGAACUCACGUACAUGCAUUCCGAGGGAAUUCUCUCCGGAGAAUUGAAGCACGGUCCCCUCGCUCUGGUCGAUGAUGAGAUGCCGGUCGUGAUGGUUAUCUGUCGCGACAACGUGUACUCGAAGUGCAUCAAUGCUCUGCAACAAGUUCUUGCGCGGGGCGGGAAGCCAAUCGUCAUCUGUCAGAAAGACGAUCGAGAGACGACCAGCAUGGCCUACAAAAGUCUCCAAGUACCUGGCACUGUCGACUGCCUGCAAGGAAUUCUUUCUGUAAUCCUGCAGCUGUUAUCGUAUCACAUAGCAGUACUCCGCGGCUACAAUGUGGACUGCCCGCGGAACUUGGCGAAGUCCGUCACGGUUGAGUAA